AUGGACAGAGACAACCAGACUAGAGUCACAGAAUUCCUUCUUCUGGGACUCUCUGGGCAGUCAGAGCAGGAAGAGAUUCUUUUUGGGCUGUUCUUGUGGAUAUAUCUGGUCACCAUCAUCGGGAACUUUCUCAUCAUUUUGACCAUCUGCUGUGACAGUCAUCUCCAUACACCCAUGUACUUCUUCUUGGCCAACCUCUCCUGUGUUGACAUCUGCUUUUCAUCAGUCACAAUCCCCAAGAUGCUGGUGAAUCACAUACUGGGAAGUAAGUCUAUCUCUUAUGUGGAAUGCAUGACUCAGAUCUACUUCUUCAUCACUUUCAUCAACAUGGAUGGAUUCCUUCUGAGUGUAAUGGCCUAUGACCGUUACACUGCCAUCUGCUGCCCACUCCAUUACACCAUGAUCAUGAGGCCCAAAUUCUGUGUCCUUCUCGUGGUUGUAUCUUGGGUCAUUACAAACCUGCAUGCUUUCCUUCAUACUCUUCUCAUGGUUCAACUCACAUUUUGUUCCAACAAUGUUGUGCAUCACUUCUUCUGUGACCCUUACCCUAUUCUAAAGCUGUCUUGUUCUGACACCUUUAUCAAUGACCUGAUAGUAUUCAUUGUGGGUGGCUUGAUAUGUCUGACCCCAUUUUCAUGUAUUAUUGUUUCAUAUGCUUAUAUCUUCUCUAAUGUACUGAAGUUGCCAUCUGCCCAUGGAAUAAGGAAAGCCCUGUCCACAUGUGGAUCUCACCUCACUGUGGUCUCCCUCUUCUAUGGGGCAAUCCUGGGUGUCUACAUGCACCCUUCAUCCUCCUACUCAGUCCAGGACAAAGUGGCCACUAUCAUCUUCACAGUGGUGACUCCCCUGGUCAAUCCCUUUAUC